AUGUCGAAUCAUCAAUUGCCUCAAAAGUCCACUGUCGACGUAAGACGCACACUCAAAAUGACGACUGACAACAGUCAUUGUUCUGCAGCCUAUAGCUACACAACCGCCCUAGAUAUUUGCGCAAUUUUGCUGAACAUAUUCGGCUGCUUCGCAAAUUUCCCCGUUACUGUUCUUCUCUUCCUCCUUCGUUCUAAGAAGUCCGAAGGUCUGAUCCUUCUUCGAGUCCUUUCCGCCGGCUGCUUAGAUUUUUCGCUUAUUAGCCUUAUUGAAAAAGUUGUUGGUCUUAACCCCAACACUGGCAACAUCUACAUUGAUGGCCUGAUUUGCCUGCUAUGGAGCAGUCGUUUCCUCUUCUGGUAUAUUUCCUUUCAAAUCUACCACAGUCUUUUCUACUUCGCCUGUAACAGAGCCUACGAGCUGCUGCAGAUUAGGAACUAUCCCAUUAUCACGGAGAAACAGCGGCUCACGGCCUACAUGCUUCUAGUCUUUAUUGGCAGUUUCAUUGGGGCUGUGCCUCAUUUGCUACUAGCCUUUCCGCUUUCAAAUAACUGCGCCUGUGAUCCAUUGCCCGAUAACUUUGGCAUCUUAUCAGUGCUGUAUGCUCAGGCUUUUCUCUGGAUCGCGAUUCUCGGUAUCAUUUAUCCCGCCAUUCUCGUUUAUAUCUGCAUUGCUUUGGUUCUACGAUUGCGGAACUCAGAAAGAGGUAUUAUUGCAGAUGAACUAGAAGAACUCUACUUCUUGAAACCGCGACUUUUCCCAACAUCCACAACCAUCACUUCGACACCUGCGCCGCCAGUGGCCUCCUCUUCUUCCGACAGUGAACGAAAUAGAGUUGGAGUCCUUGAGAGACCGGGUAAUAAAUCUGUUCCACAUGCCUGGUCGGCUUCCUGCUGCAUUGUACCUCUGACUGCUGCCUUCAUAGUAGGCAUAGCCUUCGAGUCAACUCAGCAAUUGCUAAGUGCGGCUGGUGUUAUAAACUACAGGCUGCGCACCCCAGCUGAAAAAUUCAGUUUAGUAUUGGGUAGCCUGUUUACCGUGCUGGUACCACUUAUCCUCUUUUUCCACAUCCCAGCGAUGCGGGCACUGAUCUUCGCUGCAAUUGCGUCAAUAAAAGAGAAGAUCGGCAAGAGCAAAUCGGCGGAUACCAGUGACCUCCCUUGA